UGUCCCGCAACUCGGAGCUCCGGCAGCUGAGGAGAAGGUGGUUUCACAGGUUCAUCAGCGACCAGGAGCCCGUGCAAACAGUGGGAUUUAAAGCGAUGAAGCACGGUCCUGAACACAAAGGCACCUACGUGGGAUGCUUCAGCGACGAGUCGAGGGAGCGGACGCUGAAGGGAGCCGUGUUUUACGACUUAAGGAAAAUGACAGUAGCUCACUGUCAGGAAGCUUGUGCUGAGAGGGCUUACACCUACGCGGGGCUGGCGUACGGAGCAGAGUGCUACUGCGGGAACAAGCUCCCGGCCACCGCCUCGAAGCCCGAGGAGUGCAACAGCGAGUGCAAGGGGGAAAAGGGCUCCGUCUGCGGAGGGAUGAACCGGCUCUCUGUCUACAGGGUGGAGGAGCUGCGGCCAGGAGCGAGACGACGGAGGAAUGUUAUCUAUCGAGGAUGUUUUAGAGCUCCAGAAAAUUUAACAGACACCUUUCCAGCCUCUUUGAUACAGCCCAAUUUGACGGUGGAGAUGUGCUCUGAAUUUUGCUCCAAGAAAGAGUUCCCCUUGGCAGUCAUCCGGGGGCGGGAGUGCUACUGCGGGUACCCCACCGGCCGCUUCUCGCUGCAUGACGGGGCGGACGGGCUAACCCCGGUGCAAGACACCCGCUGCACAGACAGGAAAUUCUUAACCACCAAAUCCAAAGUGUUCGUGGCUUUGUCAAGCUUUCCCGGAGCUGGGAAUACGUGGGCUCGCCAUUUGAUAGAGCACGCCACGGGGUACUACACGGGAAGCUAUUACUUCGAUGGAGCCCUCUACAACAAAGGUUUUAAAGGAGAAAAAGACCACUGGAGAAGUAGGAGGACCAUCUGUGUGAAAACGCACGAAAGCGGCAAGACGGAGAUUGAGAUGUUCGACUCGGCGAUCCUGCUGAUCCGGAACCCCUACAAGUCGCUGGUGGCGGAGUUCAACAGGAAAUACGCCGGGCACCUGGGCUACGCCACCGACCGCACCUGGAAGAGCAAAGAGUGGCCAGACUUCGUGACCAGCUACGCCUCGUGGUGGGCAUCCCACGUCCUGGACUGGCUCAAGUACGGGAAGCGCCUGCUCGUUGUCCACUAUGAGGACCUGAAGCAGAGCCUCAUCCCCAAGCUGAGGGAAAUGGUGGAGUUCCUGAACGUGACGGUGACAGAGGACCGCCUGCUCUGCGUCGAGAACAACAGGGACGGGAAUUUCAAGCGGUCAGGUGCUAAGCAAAAGGAUUUUGAGCCAUUCACCCAGGAAAUGAAAGAUCUUAUCAACAGAUACAUCCUGACAGUGGAUGAAGCCCUGAGGGGACGGAACUUCUCAGGGCUGCCCAGAGAGUAUGUGCCAAGAUGAUAACCUGGUAGCUCUGUGCUGUGCUUAAAAUAAUUUUUUUCUUAAAAAACAAACAAACAAACAAACC